ACACUAACAGCGACGGAGUGCGUAGCUCCUUCCAAGAUGCAGCUACUACGAUCAGCGAUUCUCGUGAGCUUCAUUGCAUCCUACAUGGUUGCUGAAGUGCGUUCUGAAGCCUUCCCUCUUGCUGAAGCCACUCCUGAAGCUAAACCUGCAGCUGAAGCUCGACCGAUUGCAAAUCCUAACCCCAGCGCAUUUCCUGAACCUAAUCCUGCCGCUAAUCCUGAACCCAAACCAGCUGCUGAAGCCAGACCUGCUGCUUAUCCUGAACCUGAUCCUGCUGCUGAAGCUAAUCCCGUAGCUAAUCCUGAAGCUAAUCCUGCUGCUGAUCCUGAACCCAAACCAGCUGCUGAAGCCAGGCCAGCUGCUAAAGCCAAUCCAGUAGCUAAUCCCGAACCCACCCCUGUCGCUAACCCUGAAGCCAAUCCUGCUGCUGAAGCCAGCCCCAGAGCAGACCCUGAAGCAGCUGCUGAAGCUAACCCGUUCUUCCACAUUAAGAACAGACGAAGGUCCAAAUGUCACGGCAAGCCCCACGUUAUCCAGAAAUACGUCACUAAAGUUAACAAGUACCCAGUCUACCAAACGAAGCUACUGAAGGAGUACCAUCCCGUGACUGUGUACAAGACGGAGUACGCCACGGACUACAUCACCAAGUACACUACGGAGUACGUACCAGAGUACGUACAGAAAAAGAUUCACGAUCCUCAGUACCAGCAAGUCAUCGACUACGUUACGGAGUACAAAACGGAGUACACUCCUUUGUACGUCAAGAAAAUCGAACACGUUCCCAAAUACGUCACCGAGACUGCAUACGAAACGAAAUAUUUUACCGACGUUAUCUACAAAACUGCAUUUAAGACCGAGUAUACGCCGCAAUACGUCACUGAGACUGUGUUUACGACGUUCUUGACGCAUGAUACGAAAUACGUUCCAACGUACAUCACCGAGCACAGAACUAUUGUGCAGUACGUGACAAGCUGUCAUGGCAAGCAGCCGGUGGCCGCUAAAAAAGGCUACCGUUAGUGGUAAUAAAAUUAAAGUUCACAAGAACGCUGUUGGAAACUAAAUUCAGUCACGUAUUUUGUCAGUAAAAUUUAUCAAUAAUUCGUUCACUAGGUGUGCACGUCUAGCAAAAUUUCAUCGAGUUUAGGAUGUUAUCCUUUUUAGAUUUGUUCUUCCAUUGUCGCCUUAACUUGAUCGAAAAUAAAAUUGAUUCAAUUGUUAUAAACGCUUGAGAAGUUUAGGAAAUGCGAGCAGUAGAAGUUUUUAUAAUCGAAAUUUUCUCCAACUUUACAUGUUACCAACCUCCAGACCUCAAGCCUUACGGGCAAGUAGAAUGCUGUCUACUAAAGAUUUGACUGGUGUACAAAAGAGAUUAGUUAUUUAAUUUCAAUUUGUUUCUUGUUAUGUAAUUUUAAUUAAGGAUUCUAGCAUUGUUGCAAUUUUAUUUUUAAACGAGCAUCAGUACGAACGAGAACGAGUUUGUAUAUGAACUGUGUGAUGCAACUUCGUAAAAACAUAUAAAAAAACUUAAAAACGCAUUUCACUUGUCAAUGAAUCUGAAAAGAAAUUCCGAUUUUACUUGGGUUUUAAAAUAGUUACAAAAAUGAUCUUUUUCAAGUGUUAAAACAUUGAUUAGGCCUUAUAUUGAUAUUAUAUUAAAUAACUUUAUAAUCGACAUUUUUUCAUUGUAAUCAUCAUACACUUGUUGAAAAACGUCGUGUUAUCAAUUUCAAAUGCUACUAAUUACUCCUGUGCCUGAAUGGAUUAUCUGAAAGCUUUGGAAUAAAUACGACCA